CCAAACCAAUAAAGAAAACAACUCCAACGUCAAACGCCAGAAACCCGACAUCUUCUUCCUCGUCCCUUUUUUCUCAGUCUCCUGUAAUUUCGAGUUUCUUUAACCCGAAAUCCCCUAAGUCCCGAUUCCCAAACCCUAAAUCCCCAAAUUCCCUAAUUUCCAAACCCUUAAUCUCCGCAAUCCCCAAUUCCCAAAUGAUAAUGCAUUCACUCUAGUUUAGGCUUACUGUUCAUUUUAAAGGUGCGAUUUUGACUAUCCUUAUAGUUAAAUUCAAUCCGAUUGAUAGAGGCCGAAAAUAAAAUUUGAUUUCUGUAGGCAUAUACUACAAAUCUAAACACGUUUUUUUUCUUUUAAUUUAUGUAGUUUUGACUAUUAUAUAUCCAUUUUUCUUCUAUAUCAAAUUAAUUUUGGGGUUUUGCUUUUCCUUUAAUUUUGGUUGAUGCAUGCAUUUUAGUUCAUCUAUAAAGAGAGAUGGAGAUGCAGAUGUCACACAAUUUGUUCGACAGACGGCCUAUUGUCAAAUCCAAAACCCCAGCUGUUAAGUGGGUCAAAGAAUGGGUUCCUCAAGAUGUUGUGGCAACAGGAGGGAAAUGCUAUAUUCUGAAAUGGAUUACAGAGAGUGCAUUGAGGACCUUGAAAGAGAAGACAAAGGAGUCAGAGGUACUAGAACCAGAGCCUGAGCCAACCACAGAGGUUCUUUUCCUCUGCAGCUAUGAAGGUUGUGGGAAGACAUUUAUUGAUGCUGGGGCUCUAAGAAAACAUUCUCACAUUCAUGGAGAGAGGCAGUAUGUUUGCCACUAUGAAGGCUGUGGAAAGAAAUUUUUGGAUAGUUCAAAGUUGAAGAGGCACUUUCUUAUCCAUACUGGUGAGAGAGAUUUCAUAUGUCCCCAUGAGGGAUGUGGUAAGGCAUUCUCCUUGGAUUUUAAUCUGAGAUCCCAUAUGAAAACACAUUCUCAAGAAAACUAUCACAUCUGUCCUUAUGCUGACUGUGGGAAACGAUAUGCACACGAGUAUAAACUAAAAAAUCAUAUUUCAAUGCACCAUGAAAAGAAUUCUGGUGAAAUAGCAAAAUACACUCCCCCGGUGGAGAAGCCGGUAAAAACUCCUAAGCCAGUAAGUGCAGCUUAUUCUGCAUCCUCCGAUAGGCCUUAUACUUGUCCAUACGAAGGAUGUGACAAAGCCUACAUCCAUGAAUACAAAUUGAAUCUUCACUUGAGGAGAGAACAUCCCGGACACUAUGCGGAAGAAAAUGCUAAGACAACACAACCUAACAAUGCCGAUAAUGAGAUGGAUGAAGCAAGUGACCAAGAGGCUUACGCUAGCAAACGUUCAACUCUAAAGAAUAUGAAACAGAGUAGGCCUAAGCCAAAUUUAAAAUUACCUCCAUCAAAGAUGUCACAGCGUAAAGGCUCCGGUGUUUCUCCUGCUAAUUUAAAUGUGGUGAAGAAAGCUUGGCCGAUUAAAGGGGAUGUGUAUGAAGAAGAUAGUGAAGAAACGGAAGAAGAUCGUGAUAAUGAUGAAGAUGGAUGGCGGUAUCAAGAAAAUAACGAGGAUGACGAUGAGGAAACCGAGUAUGAGGAUUAACCUUUGUAGUUCCGAGCGCCCUCUGAUAAUUUUUGUGUACCGUAAGUUCUAGAGCAUAUUUUCUAGAAUUUUAAGAUGUUAAAUUGAAUGGCUUUGUAGCUAAUAUGUUUCCUUUUGCAGUAUAUUUCUCUGCGUUGAAAGAAGUCGAUCAAAUUACCUUGUUUAGAAUACAUUAGAUCAAUAGUAGCAUUGAAUACUCAAUAGAAUGAAAUGAAGAUUUUAGUCGCAAUCGUUAGAAUCCG